UAAAACGAAUGGAAAAUAUGUAUAAUUGUUGAAUACAAUAAAUUAAGCCUGAUAACUUUUUAUUUCUUUUAUUUUAAACAAAAUGUCAAACUUUCCGAACGAUUUAUUGACACAAUUUGAACAAACGGCAAAUAAAUUAAAGAAAAUUCAGCGAAUUGUGUUCAAACGAUUUGCACCAAAUGUAUCCGAAGUAUCCGAAGAAUUCCAACGAUUAGCCGUUCAAUUUUCGGAUGGUGGAAUGUUCGAAUAUGCGGCUCUCUGCUAUGAUGGUGCAUCAAAAUGUGAAAAAGCAUUAAAUAAUCCAGUAUUUGAAAGACAUUUACUAUUAAAAUCGGCUCGUGCUUAUCGUGAAGCUGAUGCGAAUCGUUUGUGUUUGCGAAGUAACACAAAACCGUACACUCAAGGCGCAUUGAGUUGUUAUCAUCGAGUUAUAACGCAGCUGAACGAUGAAUCUGCCAUUAAAGCGGCUGUUAUUCGUGAAAUGAAAGAAAUCAAUCCAAACUAUGAGGUGACAAGUAAUUUUGUGUCGCCAGCCCAUCGGGCGCAAGAUAUCGAUUUGGCCGCAAAUGAAUGCAUUCGCUGUGGAAAUUUCGAAAGUGCAUUGGAAAAAAUCACGGAAAUCUGUGACGACAUUUGUGAACGAAAAGUCGAAGAUUUGUACGAAGAGAUUCUGGAAAAACAUGAAAUUACACUGAUUUUACUAAUUUUAUUGUUGGAAUAUCCAUCAGCACGGCAAUCACCAUCCAAUGUUAAAUUGUAUGAAUAUUUUUCAAAUGGUGGCCGUUAUCAACACAAUGAACAAGACGAAUGCUAUCAAAGGCAUUCUAGACACACAUUAGAAGCGAUUAAAAGUGUGAUCGAUGCCUGUAAAUGUCAACAAUACUCUUCGCUUUACAACAAUGACAUUUCAACAUUGGCCAAAAUACCUGGAUUAACACAUUAUCAAAAAUUUUUAUUAGAAAAACUCAAAGAAAAAUACUAUAAACUAUUGUGAUAUAUUUCAUUUUUAUUUCUUUAAAAACUCAUAAAUAUGUAUGUUAUA